CCGCAUCUGUGCCCCGACAGAGAAUACGAAAUUAUUUUAUUUGUCGAGUUUGGGGUCGGAGGGAGAAGAAGCGAAAUACUUAGCAAAAAAAAAAAAAUCAAUCGACAUUCAUCCCGAAUAACAACCCUAACUUCAGGAACGUGAAAAUCCCUACGUAAACCGUGAUACCUUCAGGGGUGAAAUGGGCGUAGCUGGGGCGGAGUCCUAAAAACAGCCCCCCACCCUAGUCGACCGCUUUGUUUUCGCACUACGUUGCCGGAAAUGUGGUGGCUUGAACCAUCAUUGUUCUUGUCAUGAUAAUAUUGGUAUAACAUUUCCAGAAAGCAGUCGCUACUGAUCCAGGCUACGGACUGGUUGGUUGAUACACCAUACCACCACCAACUUUUUUAACUUAAUCCAGUAGUAGUAGGUGUGUGUUACUCAAAUACCCAGUCGCGAUAUUACCUUAUCUUACCGCCGUGAUUUAAAGAGAUAAGACUUUUAUUAAAAAGACUGUACCAGUUUUAAGAUCCUUCAUUUUUAUACAUGAUAAACUGAUUAGUGGUGUUAGUGUACAUAUACCUACGCGCGCGUGACUCACACAAAAACUGUUGUUUGUUUGAAUUAAGUGAAUCUAUGUUAGCAAUGGAAGAAGAAUGUCGUCAUUUGGCGACGGAAGACAUAAAAGAAGCCGAUUUGAUGAUGGACCAAAGAUACCCAAUGCCGGACAGUCCGCUCGAUUUACGAGGCUCCAACUCGCCAACAAUUAAAUCGGAGGAUUACCCUAUGGACAAAUCUCAAAAAAAAUCAGGUCAUCAAUUAAUUAAACCACCAUACUCAUAUAUUGCCUUAAUAACUAUGGCAAUAUUACAAUCGCCCCACAAAAAACUAACCCUAAGCGGAAUUUGUGAAUUUAUCAUGACCCGCUUCGCUUAUUACCGUGAUAAAUUCCCUGCCUGGCAAAAUUCAAUCAGGCAUAAUCUAUCCCUAAACGAUUGCUUCAUUAAAAUACCUAGAGAACCUGGAAAUCCUGGAAAAGGAAAUUAUUGGACCCUAGACCCUCUAGCCGAAGACAUGUUCGAUAACGGCAGCUUCCUAAGAAGAAGAAAGCGUUACAAAAGACCUUCAGCAAACUUAAUGCUUCGUGACCAUCACGCUUCAGCUAUGGUAGCUCAGUUUUUACAAAGCCAAGAAAACUACCACAACGGAUUGUUUUCACAUCCCAGUUUGCACAACCCUUACUCGUACAUUCCAGGUAUGCCAAGCGGAUUACCUUUACUCAACCCUAUGGAUUUAUCCAGAUUAGGUUUGCCACCUUUGGGAUUGUUGCCGCAACCGAAUAUAUGCAAACCAGUGCCGAUGCAACCGGCUCCAAUUUCGGAUACGGAAGAUUACUUGCCGACGGAAAUACAUAUUAACAAAAAAGCCAGGACUGGAUUUUCAAUAGAUUCGAUUAUCGGUAAUGAGGGUAAUAAGAGUGACGGUAGGAAAAGUAAUUCGCAAAGUCCGGAAAUUGGUAUUUCGCGUAUUCAUAAUCAGAUGAGUGCUUUUUCGCCGCUUUCUUCCAGCGACGAUUGGACAAGGUGAAACGAGCAAUUGUUUUUAGUUUAAGGCAUUUUUUUCUCCACUCAGACCAAAGAUUAUUGAUAGAUUUAGACUAUAAUGUGAUUUAUUUUUGUUGCAAUAAUAUUAUAUUCAAACUCAAUCUCAUGCAUUAUCGAAAAUUUUAUUGUAAAUAUAGUUCAUUUUUUCCUUAUUCAUAUUGAGUAUAUUAUAUAAAUGUAUUGUAUAGAUGAUUUAUAUAGAAAAACUUAGUUUUAUAAGUUAAAAAAUUGUAUGUUUGUGUAAAUUAAAUAUUAAACAGAAAU